CGUCGGGGUCUGCGCAGGCGCGCUCUCCCGUGGGCAGCAUGGCGGACGCGGCCCCUCCGCCGAGCAAGAGGAAGCGCGAAGUGGCCGCCGCAGGGGAAGACGCGCCCGGCACAGAGGACAAGGAAGCCAGAACAGCCGGCGUUGGGAAUGGCACCGCUGCCCCUGCCCACCUCCCUUUCUCCGGCUUCAGAGUGCAGAAAGUGCUGCGGGAGUCCGCGCGGGACAAGAUCCUCUUCCUGCACGGCAAGGUGAAUGAGGCCUCUGGGGAUGGAGAGGAUGCCAUUGUGAUCCUGGAGAAGACACCAUUCCAGGUGGAACAGGUGGCCCAGCUCCUGACGGGCAGCCCGGAGCUCCAGUUGCAGUUCUCCAAUGAUAUUUACAGCACCUAUCACCUGUUUCCUCCGAGGCAGCUGAGUGAUGUAAAGACAACCGUGGUUUACCCAGCCACAGAGAAGCACCUGCAGAAGUACCUGCGCCAGGACCUCCACCUGGUUCGAGAGACAGGAGGUGAUUACAAGAACGUCACCUUACCCCACCUGGAGUCCCAGAGCCUCAGCAUCCAGUGGGUGUACAACAUUCUCGACAAGAAGGCGGAAGCCGACCGGAUUGUUUUUGAGAACCCAGAUCCCGCUGACGGCUUUGUCCUCAUCCCCGACCUCAAGUGGAACCAACAGCAGCUGGAUGACCUGUACCUGAUCGCCAUCUGCCACCGCCGGGGCAUCAGGUCGCUUCGGGACCUCACCGCGGAGCACCUGCCGCUGCUCAGGAACAUCCUCCGGGAGGGGCAGGUGGCUCGAGGCAGCCGGGAUGUCAGCUCUUCCCAAGAACCCUGCUUCCCGCUGAGAAACAUGAUCAGCAAGUCCCCCCCUCUGUGCCUGUGCCCCGCAGGCUGCAAGCUCCUGGCCAUGCUGGCACUGGUCCUGGUCAUCAUGGUGUUGUACUCCAUCUCCCGGGAAGACAGGUACAUUGAGCUUUUUUAUUUUCCAAUCCCUGAGAAGGAGGAGCCGUGCCUGCAGGGUGAGGCAGAGAGGAAGGUCUCUAAGCUCUUUGGCAACUACUCUCGGGAUCAGCCCAUCUUCCUGCGGCUAAAGGAUUAUUUCUGGGUGAAGACGCCCUCUGCCUACGAGCUGCCCUACGGGACCAAGGGGAGUGAAGACCUGCUCCUCCGGGUCCUAGCCAUCACCAGCUACUCCAUUCCGGAGAACCUCCAGAGCCUCAAGUGCUGCCGCUGCGUGGUGGUGGGCAACGGGCACCGGCUGCGCAACAGCUCGCUGGGAGAGGCCAUCGACAAGUACGACAUGGUCAUCAGGUUAAACAACGCCCCCGUGGCUGGCUACGAGGGCGACGUGGGCUCCAAGACCACCAUGCGUCUCUUCUACCCGGAGUCCGCCCACUUCAACCCCAAGGUGGAGAACAACCCCGACACACUCCUCGUCCUGGUCGCUUUCAAGGCGAUGGACUUCCACUGGAUUGAGACCAUCCUGAGCGACAAGAAGCGGGUGCGGAAGGGCUUCUGGAAGCAGCCUCCCCUCAUCUGGGACGUGAACCCCAAACAGAUUCGGAUUCUCAACCCCUUCUUCAUGGAGAUCGCAGCUGACAAACUGCUGAGCUUGCCAAUGCAGCAGCCACGCAAGAUUAAGCAGAAGCCCACCACAGGCCUGCUGGCCAUCACCCUGGCCCUCCACCUCUGCGACAUGGUGCACAUUGCCGGCUUUGGCUACCCGGACGCCCACAACAGGAAGCAGACCAUUCACUACUACGAGCAGAUUACGCUAAAGUCCAUGGCGUUUGCUUCCUUGGCUGCCUUCGCAGGGCUCAGGUCACAACGUCUCCCAGGAGGCCCUGGCCAUCAAACGGAUGCUGGAAAUCGGAGCAGUCAAGAACCUCACUUACUUCUGACUUGGGCAGGAGCUGCACCCAUCGGUCUGCCCACUCUGCUACCUGAGCAGCCCCCAGCCAUAGCUGUGGGGGUGCCUGUGCUAGCAUGGCCAGCUUGGACUCCCCCUCGCCUGUGUGUGUGGGGGGUCCCAGGACUGGCCAGGCCCAAGAGGGGGCCAUGCCCGGCUGCUCUGUGGAGGCCAGCUCGCCAGGAUGGAGGCCGGGAGCGGUGGGAGCCCAGUGGAGGAAUGGGGCCCGCGGCUGCCUGUCCGUGCUGGGAGGUUAUUUAAUGGGCUAUUUAAUUAACGGGAAGGAAGUGCUGUGGGCUGGUCCCGUGGCAUCCAGAAAAGGGGCAUAUACAGUGUCCGGACCAUUUUUUAUAAAAACACAAACAAGAUGGGCCCACUGAGGCCUAGACCCAGAGCAGGCCUCCCCGGAGGGGGGUUGUCUGGAGCGGGUGGGGGUCCUCCUGAGAGGGGCUGCUCCUCCCAGCGGGCAUGGGAAGAGCAGUGGUGGGGUGUUCCCUGGGGAAGGAACCUCAUCUAGAAAAGAGGUACCAAACAAAUUAAACUAUUUUUCCUAAAACAAA